GUGCCUGCAUGUACAUGGUGUAUUUAAUAGGUGUUUGUGUUUGAAUAGAGCAUUCUGGGUUUAAAUUUUGGACGCUUUUAUUAUUACCUGUUAAAAUGAGCUAUGUCCUAAAUAUGUGGUAGAGAAAUUGUCGUCUUGCAUUAUCAGUUGGGUAGAUAGGUAGAUAAUACCUGUUCUGAUUUAACUCAGUGUUUAUACAUGUAUAUAUACACUGUCAGGAUCACCCAGGACUGAGGUCACCAUGAGCCUAUAGCUGGUCAGAGAUAAUCUCGAGGAGCAUCUGGUGAUGAUUGACUUAUAGACAGCCCGGUUUUCCUUCAGGUCAAGGAUAUUCCAUCAAACUCGAUACAAAAAAGAAACGAAGAGGAAACAUGUCAACCAACACAAAACUACUUCAGCAACUGUUCAAGUGCACUUCCAUCUUCCAACAACCAAUCAGACUAUUAGCAGUACAGCAGGUGUCGUCUCUACAUACUCUUCCAAGAGAAUCUUCUCCAAGACAACAUGUUUUCCUGGGAGCUAGACAUCAUUCCUGUCCAUCCAUCUUCAGACAACCUGACUCUCUGAAAGCUGUGUAUAGAAGCUGCAGCAGUUUUGUGUCACCUCAGGGAUCCAGAAACAGGGAUAUAACUUUGAACAAGGAGGAAUUAUCAGUUCGAUACGGACACUACCAUCUUGAUCUCCCAUAUGUUUGGCUGAGAGAUCACUGUCGCUGUGAUGUUUGCUACAAUCAUCAGACCUGCCAGAAGAAUAUUGACAACUUUGAGCUGGAUUUGGACAUCAGGCCGACCGAGGUCUCAUUUGACGGCACAGUACUGACCAUAGAAUGGCCAGACAAGCACCUGACAAGCUACAACAUUGACUGGCUGCUGGAGAACACAUACCAUGACCAGCACCGCGACAGGGUGGAGAGAGUUCUGUGGAACAAGGCCAUCAUGGCCACCGUCACAGAACAACCGAUGGUGCCGUACAAGGAUUUCAUGGAGACAGAGGAUGGACUGAAGGAGCACGUGAAGAACUUGAUGAAGUAUGGGUUUUCUGUCGUUACACAGGCCCCUCCCAGUCACGAGGGAACGUUAGCAGUAUCUCAGCGCCUGACCUUUCUACAGCCCACUUUUUUCGGCCCCUCAUGGAGCUUCACAUCAGACAUGGCAUUUGGGGAUACAGCAUACACUACCCUGGGUCUAGGGGCCCACACUGACAACACUUACUUCAUGUCUCCGUCUGGAAUUCAGGUGUUCCAUGUGCUGGAGCAUCAGGGAACGGGAGGAGAGACCCUGCUGGUGGACGGGUUCUUUGCGGCAGAGACUCUGAGACAAGACAAUCCCACAGCCUUCAAAUGUCUGAGCGAGACAGUUGUAGCUCACGAAUUCUAUGAUAGUGACCAUCGAGUCAGGAGUUUGGGCACAGUUCUCUCCCAUCAUCCUACUACCAAAAAAAUGUUUAGCAUAAGAUUCAAUCCCUAUGACAGAUCGCCUCUACACACCGUCCCUCCAGAUCAAAUAAAAAAAUUCUACAAAAGUUACGCAGCACUGACAGAAGAAAUCAGAAAACCAGAGAGUGAAGUCUGGCUGAAACUAAAGCCAGGAAUGGUCCUCUUUGUAGACAACUGGCGAGUCAUGCAUGGCCGAUCAUCCUUCACCGGGCUGCGAAGAGUCAGUGGGUGCUAUUUACCCAGAGACGACUGGUUUGGAAAAGCAAGACUUUUUGGCCUCCAGAACUUGUAACAUCCCCCUCCCCUAAAAUAAUGUUUAGUUUCUUUUAAAUGUAUUUUUUUGAAAGAAGGAAGUUCGUUUUUCAUAAAAACAUUCAUGUAACCUGAUCUAUGCUGAAGGGUGUUUGGUUCUGGACAGUCUUAUGUAUAUACAUUUUUCCAGAAUUGUUUUUUAAAGUGCAGUGUAUAGUUUUGUUGAUAGUAUACAUCUAACAUAAUCAUUUACCCUAUGUAUUCAAAUUGAAAAUGUCCCACUCAAUUUUGACCUGCAGAAAUGUAUUACCUGUAUAUAGUUUGAUGAUUUAAAAAUAUGUGAUAAUGUCAAAUCUUUUUAUGAUAUCCGCAAAAUGCAUGCAAAAUGACAUACAAAUGUGUCGGGUAUAUAUUCUUUGUGAUUUUUAAAAAAUGGAAUAUGAUGCCAAAUAAUUUGUGAUUUCUGUAAUUGUCUGUGAUAAAUAGUUUAUGUAAAAUAGUUUAUGUAACAUAGUAAUACAUGUAGUUUAUAAGUAGUAUAUAUAUACAUAUACCAAUUUAGUAAUAAAACAAAACUAUACAUAUAGGUAACAAAUUAUCAAUGCAAGAUAGAUACCAGUAUUUGAUUAAAAACCAAAUAGGUGUUUAUGAACACUCAACAGUUGUGUGUGAUCUCUUUUUUAGUUUAUAUUUGAUUAUAUUCUCAUUUAGUUCUACGUGUGUUUUGUGGUAAAACUAGAAAUGGUUAACUCUUACAUACAUUUUGUGUACUUCCCAUCAUAGAAUUAUAUGUACAAUGUACAUGUGUAUAAUUAUGUAUGUAUUUUCAUUUUACUACCAUAUUCCAAGUAGAAGCCCAUGCAUGUAUACUGCUCUGGUUAAGUGUAUAUUUUGUAUAUUUAAUGAAAAUGUUACCAAGUAAAUCAUCACAUUUUGUGACAAUAUUGGCAAAAGUAACAAGACAUGUAUGUGCAAUUGUGACUUUUGUAAGUUUGUUGACUUUUUCUUCAAUUUUGUGACAUUCAUUAAUUGUUUUCCCAUUUCUUCUGUUAAUUUUACAGAUAAAAGUUUUAAAGUUGCUAGCAGUUAAUGACUUGUUUCUUUGUUGCAGUUUUGUAACUGAAUUACAUAUUGUUUCAAAGUGCCAUGAGUAUUAAAUAUGACUUGCAAACAGUG